AAUGUAUAUAUAGAACGGGGAUGUGAAACACGUGUAUUUGUUUAUUCGACCUUGAACUUUACAGUGGGAACAAGUCCAGACUUGUUCUGGCGUUCAGGGCUGGUAUGGCAAUUAUCCACGUUUUAUAUUACCUGACUUCCUGUUUGUGUGUAAGAUUUUAUUGAUUUGAAUGAUAUUUGAACCAUUGUGCAUAUCCCAGGAAGUUCUGCAGAAAAAGACCCACGUGCAUGUCCGAACAAGUUUGGAAUUUUGAUGUACCAUUGGUCAUUAAAAAUGAUUUUUAAAUGCAGUGUGAUAUUGUGCGAGAUUUAAAUGUUCAUAUUGGAAGCCGAGUAUGGCAGAGCCUCAGAAAUUUGUAUCCCUUGUUAAGGAUGGGAUGGAUCGAGGUCAGGAAGGGAAUGCAGGAGGACAAAAUUCAGAAGACAAAUUGACUAAUGAUGAGAAGGAAGAAAAACAGACAUCAGCUGACGUAAAUCAGGAGCAGACUUCCCCAGGUUUGUCAAGGGCAUCAAAUUCUGACAGGGUGUCAGGACAGCAACCCCAGGUUAGCAGUCGAGUAGCAGGUCCCUCCCACAUUGUGGUAGCAGAGGAGAUAACCGUAGGGGUACCCCUGUUCCGACCAAAGAAGGAAUUUCUAAAGAUUCUAAAAAAUGGUGGAGCUGAAAGCAAUUUUUUCACAAAGAAAGAGAUCAUCCGUUGCUUGAAGGAAUAUAUAGGAAAGAGGCGGUUAUAUAACCCCUAUGACCCAAGUGAAGUCAACUGCAGCCAGGAUGAACUCAGUGAGGUGUUUGGUGUUCAGAAAUUUACCAUAGCUGAUGUUCUGAAUCUGAUUCAUAAGAACUGCUACCAGCUCCCAGACACCUGUCUGAAGAGAAGACAGGUACUGGUUACCAGACCUCUCCCUAGAAACCAUCAGGAAACUGGUGCUGCCCUCUCGACACAAAGCACACCAGUUACAGGGGAGAGAAGUAGCCCUGCAGUAUGUGUUGGUCAGAGUGGGCCCACCUCCAUCAUUACUAGCAGUAUUGGUCCUUCCACUUCAGGAGGGGCAUCUUUACAUUCAACAUCUACAUCACCACAGGGGGCCUCUAGGGAGGGACAGGAGAGCAGGAGACAAAGGCGGAGGUCAAAAAGGAGACCAAGACCGAAACGAAAGCAGGGCAGAAAGAAUAGCUCUGGAGCAGGACAGAGUGGUAGUCAAAAUCAGCCAGGUUCUUCGGGAUCUUCUGAAUGUUCUGAUCCAUUGUACAUCAAGGUGAAGGUGGAGACGGACUCAGACACUGACCACACUAGUAAUCAGCAGGAUGGCUCCUCCAGCCAAAUUGAACAAUCUUCAGAUGAUCUGUGGUUCCUGGAGGAAGACCAUCAAGAGGCCUCUGACACUUUCUCAAUUGAAUACGAGUUGGAGGACUCUGAGCCAUCGGACAUUAUAUCUGAAUCUUCCUCUGUAGUAUCAGGACAGGAUGUGAUUGUGGUCUGUUCAGACAGUGAUGUUGAAUUUUGGGCAGAUGAGAGUGACACAUGUACAGACUGGAAUGAAGGAGACCAGUGGACGUGUGCAUGUGGUACAAAAAACACCCCAGUCCAACGUCACUGUAUAUUCUGCUGGAAGAUACGUCCAGGCUGGCUUGGAGAGAAAAGAAAAUAUUCACCCUCCAGUGAAGAAAUGGACUCGAAUAAAAAAUUGAAGGAAGACAGUGAAACAGAUACUUCAGAUAUUGGGAGAGUUGCAGAAAGAGAGACAUUGAAAUCGGACUCAAUAGAUUCUGGAAUUUGUCUUUCUAGCCAAGACACUGCAUCAUCUCAAGCGGAACUGAUCCAGCUCGGAUCCAGGAGGAUUUCACUGAAUUAUAGGAGUAAAGAAUCUCCAGUAAAGAAAGGACCAGAGGAUCCAUGUAUAAUUUGUUUGAAGAGACCUAAAACAGGCAGCAUUAUACAUGGGGGCACAGGGCAUCAAGUUUGUUGUUAUCCCUGUGCCAAACGUUUAAAGAGAAAGAAACGAAAAUGUCCUGUAUGUAGACGUACAAUUAAAAAUGUUAUAAGAAAUUACGUUCUAUAAUGAUGCAUGUCCAAAACACCAGAGUGUUAGCCAGAUUUCAAUUACAUUAGAAUUUUGAAGAACAUUUUUAGGAUUAUGAAAAUCCAUGUAAUUAAUUUCUACAGUAGACAUUUUAAUUUUUCUUAUGUGACAUGCAUGUAUAUUUAGAACCCUGGUGUUAAAGUAUAUUCUUUGUUGUUGAAUAUGAUGCAUUGCUAAAUUAUGCAAAGUGCUACCAGUUAUUGCUGUGAACCAGUUACAUGUAUUGUUAAAAUUGUUUUCUUUAUGUUGUAAGGUUUUGUAAUUUUUGAUGAAUUUUAUUACAAUUCUGUACAAAUGUUAUUUUUUUUAUCGGGAUAUAAAUGACUGAGGGGUAAAUAAAUUCAAAGAUGAUGAAAAUACUUGUUCAUUUAGUACUAUGCCAAAUUGCCAAUUUUAAGUUCUGUAGGCACAUAUUUUAUAGUACAAGAUAUUGUGAUUGAGUAUUUGGGCACAUUUGUAUGUACAGUGUAUACUGUGUAUGCUACAUGCAUUUUAAUCACAGGCUGUAUGAUGAGAAAAAUUAUGUAUUGUGUAUAUGUUUUCUUUCUAUACAAAAAUGUAGAAACAUGAACAUAAACUGUACAUACAUGUAUAGUGACAAUAUCUUUAAAAUCUUAGUCUUUCUUUGUCAGAAAUAGGAAAAAAUGGCACAUGUACAUACAUGUAUACUGUAUAUUAAUUUUUUAUUGAUGUACGCACAUAAUUUUAUAAAGCAAAAGAGUAGGCAAAUUUUGAUCAAUUUUUUUCUCGUUCAUGCUCUGUAAUACUUUUAAUCAUCGCAAGAUUUCCUACGAAAGUUUAAUUACUGAGAAUUAAAUAGCAGAGAAUAUCUACAUGUAAGUUAUAAAAUUAAUUUAUAGCUAUGAGUUUUGAAGAAA